AUGGCAGCCAUAGCCACAUUCUGCAGUACAAAUCAUGGUUCUGGCAUCAAGAAACUGAACGUUUACCUCCUGAACAAGCACAGUACUACGAGGACUCAUCCAGUAUUCUCCAUUCCAGAUUCAAGGCAAAGAUUAUUAUGCUAUAGCGCAACUGACGAGGAGAAGAAAGAAGAUAUUUCCCAGGCUACUUUGUUAUGGAGAGCUGUCAAAUUGCCAAUAUACUCCGUUGCCUUGGUUCCUCUAACCGUAGGAAGUGCAGCUGCCUAUUUGCAGACUGGCCUACAUUGUGCCAGGCGAUAUUUUAUGCUGUUGGCUUCUUCAGUUUUAAUCAUCACUUGGCUCAACUUAAGCAACGACGUUUAUGAUUUUGAUACAGGGGCAGAUAAAAACAAGAAGGAAUCAGUUGUAAAUAUCGUUGGCAGUCGUACAGGGACACUUAUUGUUGCUUGCUUACUACUUGUUCUUGGUUUCGUCGGCCUUAUUUGGGUAUCUGUGGAGGCUGGGAGUAUGCGUUCCGUAUUACUACUUGCUUCUGCAGUUAUUUGCGGCUACAUAUACCAGUGUCCACCAUUUCGUUUAAGUUACCAAGGACUUGGAGAACCUUUGUGCUUUUCAGCAUUUGGCCCAUUUGCCACUACUGCUUUUUAUUUGCUUCAGAGUGGCGCAAGUGAGCUGACAAUUAAUGGCACGGUCAUCUCUGCAUCUCUUCUUGUUGGUUUUACGACAUCAUUGAUCCUCUUCUGUAGUCAUUUUCAUCAGAUAGAGGAGGAUAAGGCUGUCGGGAAGAUUUCCCCUUUGGUUAGGCUCGGUACUGAAGCAGGUUCGAAGGUAGUAAAAUUGGCAGUGGUGACAAUUUAUUCACUUCUGUUUAUUCUAGGACUUGGACAAACACUUCCUUCCUCAAGUGUUAUUCUUUGUGCUUUGACAGUACCAAUGGGAAAUUCAGUAGUUAGCUACGUUGAGGAGAACCACAAGGACAAAACAAAGAUCUUCAUGGCCAAGUAUUACUGUUUAUCCUUUGAGUUUUUUAUCAGGAAUUUCAAAGAAUUGCAUGCUCAAGACUUGAGAGGAUACUUAUCUCAGUCUAACACCAAUUUCCGUCCUUUAUCGAGCAUCCUGAGAAGCUGCUAA